AUGACACUUCUAAGUAGAGCUUUGGGUAUGCUUUUCUAUUUACUUCAAGCCGUUUCUGGAGAAAGUGGCUAUGCAGAGAAUGGAGAUUUUGAUGACACAGAACUGGAUGACUACUCAUUCUCAUGCUACAGUCAGCUGGAAGUGGAUGGACUCCAGCACUUGCUGACCUGCACGUUUGAUGACUCGGACAUCAACAGCACCAAUCUGGAACUUGAAAUAUGUGGGGCGCUUUUGGAUGUAUAUUGCCUGAAUUUUAAUAAACUGCAAGAGAGGUAUUUCCUCAAGACAAAGAAAUUCUUACUGAUUGGAGACAGUAAAAUAUGUGUGAAGCUUGAAAAAAAGAACAUGACUUGCAGAAAAGUGAACAUAGUCAAGAUAGUUAAACCUGAGGCUCCUUUUGAUGUCAGAGUCAUCUAUCGUGAAGGAGCAAAUGACUUUGUGGUGACAUUUAAUACAUCACACUUGCAGAAGAAGUAUGUGAAAGUAUUAAUACAUGAGGUAGCCUACCGUCAGGAAAAAAAUGAAAAUAAUUGGAUGCGUGUGAAUUUAACCAGUACCAAGCUGACACUCCUACAGAGGAAACUGCAACCCAAUGCCAUGUAUGAGAUUAAAGUUCGGUCCAUCCCUUACGCCAACUAUUUUGAAGGCUUCUGGAGUGAAUGGAGUCCAAGUUUCCACUUUAGAACUCCAGAGACCAAUGGCACAGGAAACAGACCUCUCCACCAGAUGAAAACUGCCGACCUCCAAAACAUAGAUCCUAGACUGAUUGGAACCAGAAGGUUGAUGAUGCUGACUCCCCAUUACCUCAUCACCAACCGAUCAGAAGAAUGUCCACAAGUUGAUCAUGCUCUGCUCUUUGAAUACUAUAAGACUUCUCAUUCUCCCAUCCAAGGGGAGACGGAUCCUGUGUUACUAACUAUCAGCAUUCUGAGCUUCUUCUCUGUGGCUCUGAUGGUCACUCUGGCCUGUGUGUUAUGGAAAAAAAGAAUUAAGCCUAUCAUAUGGCCCAGUCUCCCUGAUCAUAAGAAGACUCUGGAACAACUGUGCAAGAAACCAAAAAAAAAUUUGAAUGUGAGUUUCAAUCCUGAAAGUUUCCUGGACUGCCAGAUUCAUAAGGUGGAUGGCAUUCAAGCUAGAGAUGAAGCAGAAGGCUUCCUGCAAGACCCUCUUUCUCUGCAGCUAGAGGAGAGUGAGAAGCAGAGGUUCAGAGGCGGGAUGCAGGGUCCCAGCUGGCCCUCUGAGCAAGCAGGCAUUACGCCUAAAAUUUUCAGAGGAGAGUCACCAUUCAGAUGCUUGGCUGGGAAUGCCAGUGUGUGUGAUGCCCCUGGGCUUCCCUCCUCCAGGUCUCCUAAUGGCAGGGAAGGUGGCAAGAGCAGACCUCUAGUGUACCAGGACCUGCUCCUCGGACCUGGAACUACAAACAGCUCCCUGUCCCCUUCGUUUCCAUUCCAACCCGGAAUCCUGACAUUAAACCCUGUUGCCCAGGGGCAGCCCAUCCUCACUUCCUUGGGAUCAAGUCAAGAAGAAGCCUAUGUCACCAUGUCCAGCUUCUACCAAAACCAGUGA